GAGGGUUGGAAUGUGUUUACAAUAUAACUAGAAAUAGCAACAAGGAAACUGUAAUAUCCAGCAACAUAAGGAGUUACUACAGGGGGAGGGAGAGAGGGAGAAUCGCUGAUAUUGGGGUUGCUACUUUAUCCGCUGGUGUUGCCAUUAAAUUCGCUGCGGGUUUUGUUGCCGCCUCCGUGUCGCAGGCGGAUGGAGUCAGUGCGGAACCGGCAACAAGGCGGAGCCGGAGACAGAGAUAGGGAAGCGGGGCAGGGCUGGCAAGCGGAGCUGGUGAAUCGGGUUCCCGGUUUCUGAUUAUUGUCUUUCAGCAAAAAAAACCAGACCCAAAGUUCUGCAAAGAUGCACAGAAGGGGAGUUGGAGCCGGUGCCAUCGCCAAGAAGAAACUCGCAGAAGCCAAAUAUAAAGAGCGAGGAACAGUGAUGGCUGAAGAUCAGCUGGUUCAGAUGUCAAAGCAGCUGGAAAUGUUCAAGACACAUCUGGAGGAAUUUGCCAGCAAGCACAAGCAGGAGAUUCGGAAAAGCUCACAGUUUCGUGUUCAGUUUCAGGACAUGUGUGCAACAAUUGGAGUGGACCCCCUCGCUUCUGGCAAAGGAUUCUGGUCAGAGAUGCUGGGCGUUGGAGAUUUUUACUAUGAACUGGGAGUGCAGAUUAUUGAAGUGUGUCUGGCUCUGAAACACAGAAAUGGAGGUCUGAUCACACUGGAUGAGCUGCACCAGCGUGUGCUGAAAGGGAGAGGCAAGUUUGCUCAAGACGUCAGUCAGGACGAUCUCAUUCGGGCCAUAAAGAAAUUGAAAUCCUUGGGUAAUGGCUUCAGUAUAAUCCCAGUGGGAGGCAGGUACCUGGUGCAGUCUGUCCCUGCAGAGCUUAACAUGGAUCACACGGUGGUGCUGCAGAUUGCUGAGCAUUUUUGUUAUGAGGUGGAGAUAAAUCAAACUCAUCCACUUCAUGUCUUACAGAAGAAUGGAUAUGUGACAAUCAGUGAAAUUAAAUCCAGCCUGAAGUGGGAUACUGAACGCACUAACCAGGUGUUGGAACAUUUGUUGAAGGAAGGCUUGGCGUGGAUUGACAAACAAGCUCCUGAAGAACCUCAGUACUGGUUGCCUGCACUCUUCUCUGAUCUAUACUCCCAAGAUGUCACUCCAGAAGAAGCUGAUGAAAGUUUGCCGUGAGAAAAAUGAAAACUGAAUUCAAUCUGGGGAGUCAAAAAAGUCUGCAACUUUACAGUUCUGGUAACGGCAUGAAAGAUUAGUGUAAAACUGUGGCUGUUCAAAUUCUGGGAUUGUUAAGGGUCUUUUUGUAGGUGGCAACUUCCAGUAUUGCUGUAUAUGAUACUUGCACAGUCAAACAGUAGACCUUUCUCUGUCUUUCCAUCUCAGCUAAUUGAGUUUGUGUCCAGAAGUGACAGUACUUUAAAGUGCUGGUGUCAGGGUUUUGAUUUUUUGAGAGGCGGGGGGGGGGGGGGGAGAAGUCCUUUGACACAGUUGUGGUUAAAAAGCAUAUUUCAGAGAACUGAAGGUAAGGCAAUGUUGCUAAAGCAAGAGUCAGGAGCAACACAGUUUGACCUGCAGAACAUCUGGAUAAGUCAACUGAACCAUUAAACCUCUUUAAAACUUUUAAUUUUGUUAGCAAUACAAUGGGCAGGAAAAGACCAGCUGGGCUGUCAUAAACAUUGAGACUAAACGUUUCCUACUCUUUCACACACCACCCCCCUCAACCCCACCGGCUGAGGGAGGAGUCACCGCCUGAGGAGGAAGAACCCUGUCACCAGCAGCUGGCCUUUGUAAUUCAAAUCUUUCAAUUAAAUUUUGUGAAAACAAA